ACUUUUGUUUAGUCAUCUUGUUCUAGAUUUAUUAGUCAUUUAUAUAUUUAGAAUUUUCAUUUGUCUUCCUUGGGUUACCUAACAAAACACAUGAAAUAAAUCCCAAAAUGCGGAUAGAGAAGUUUGGUUGGGGUGAUCGAACACUCGUACUGAUUGUUGCCGCAAUAUUAAUGGGCGUAGGCGAAGAAGUUGCUUCUGGCACUAGUAUCUCACAAAUAGCCCUCCCAAAUUGCCCUGAAAAAUGCGGCGAUGUGGCCAUCCCUUACCCUUUCGGUAUAGGGGAUGGGUGCUACUAUGAUCACCCUGUAGACGGUUUAUUCUACAAUAUCACUUGCGACUAUAGUAAAGUCCCACCGGUUCCAACAUACGGUCCAGACAUUGAGAUAGUGAAUAUCACCUUAGAUGGUGAAUUUCGAAUACUUAACCAAAAUUCCUAUGUUUGUUAUGAUAGGUUCGGUAACCUUACCAAUGAUUAUUGGAAUUGGAUUGGAAUAUCAACAUUUGCUCUUUCGACUACCCAAAAUAUUGCUGGUGCUAUUGGUUGCGACACCUUUGGAUCGUUCUCUGGUACGGGGAGCACGAGUAUUAUUACUAGAACUCUAGAAGUAAAUUUCAGUCUGGGUGUUUGA